AUGAGACCCGAGGCGGCCGGAGCCCCGGAGGUGCGGGGACGCCUCUGCCACUGUCCGGGGGAUGAUCCCGGGAGGCCACCGCUGCCACGCGGGCCCGAGAGUUCCAACCCAGCUCCGUGGAGACCGUGGAUGUCGCCUCCCGGAGAUGCAGAGCUGACCAGAACUGAACGUCCGUGUGAGCCUUGGGGGGACCGACAAACCUUGGGAUCAAAGGGAGCCUUUGGAUUCCAGCAUCCGGUCAGACUUUACUUACCCAUUUCAAAGCGUCAAGAAUACCUGCAAAGUUCUGGGGAAAAGGUGCUGGCCAGCUUCCCGGUGCAAGCCACCAUUCAUUUCUACAACGACGACGACUCUGAGUCUGGCUCUGAGGAGCAAGAAGAGGAGGCCCGGCCCAGCUCCCUUCAGUGCCUGGAGACAGACGUCAUCAGGGAUUCCACUCAGGAGGGAAGGGCUGGGUAAGGCUGGCAAGCCUGUAGGACAAAGGAGUGACCUCUGGAAAGGGUCGGCUGCCUGCAGGGGUCGUCGUGAGAGCUCCGGAAAACGAAGGGAGCCCCUCUCCCGUGUUGGUCACUGUGUCCCGGGACAGCCUUGCCUGCCAGGACUGAGCCUCUUCUCCAGCCUCCUGUGUUGGAAGCUCAGAGGCUGGACAGUGCUCAGCCUCUGCUCAGGCCAGGAGCUCAGCUUUUACUCAUAUUUUCCUGAUGUGUGUGUCUGUCUCUGUGACUGUCUGUCUGUCUGUCUGUCU